UUUCCAAUCCCGUAUACAACUCCUGCGCACAACCCUUUUCCUCCAUUGCCAAAAUCCCACGUAAAGCCAAGCUCGACCUGGCGAGCCGGAAGGAUAAAUCUGAUCUCCUCCCACGAUUCAGCUCCGCUGCUCUUCUUCCAAUUACUGCCUCCUGAAACCCUAAUUCCUCCAUCGUCAUGAGUGCUCCCGCCAUUUCAGGGGGGACGAGCUUGUUCACUGGCUUCACGCGAUUAUGCAAGGGCCUCGCCGUGGUCCUCGUCGCCGGCCACAUUGUGGUCCAGACUUUGCCUUUCACUGUCAACUACCUCGCCCUCAUUCCGGCCAGGACUAUACCUUUCGCGUGGAACCUCAUAACAGCUGGAUACAUUGAGCAAACAAUAUAUGGAGUGGUUGCCAACACUCUGUGCCUUCUAGUUAUGGGGAAGCUGCUUGAACCAGUUUGGGGAUCCAAGGAGUUCUUAAAGUUUAUUUUCAUUGUUAACAUCCUGACGUCAGUCUGUGUUUUCAUCACUGCCAUCACCUUGUACUACAUUACAACCAAGGAAACUUACCUCUACAUGCCUGUAUCGGGUUUUCAAGGAGUGGUGUCCGGUUUCUUAGUUGGCAUGAAGCAAAUUAUACCUGACCAAGAGCUAUCUGUGUUGAGAAUAAAGGCUAAGUGGUUCCCAUCUAUAAUGCUGUUGCUGUCAAUUGCUGCCAGCUUCUUCACAGAGGAGUCAGCUAAAUACCUCCCAACACUCGUAUUCGGCACAUACACGAGCUGGAUUUACCUGAGAUACCUACAGAGGAAACCCGAAACGAAACUAAGAGGAGAUCCCAGCGACGAUUUCACAUUCUCCAGCUUCUUCCCUGAUUUCCUUAGACCGGCUAUCGACCCAAUCGCAUCGAUUUUCCAUCGGUUGCUUUGUGGAAGAACUCAAGUCCCCGGUGAUGCAGAGGGUUACGCAUUGGGAGGUACAGCACUGCCCGGGUCCGACCCCAUCGAGGCAUCUAGGAGGAGAGAGAGAGGAGCUAGAGCACUGGAGGAAAGACUGGCGGCUGAGAAAUUGGCUGCUGCACGGAGCAUGGAGGAGUUGAAAAAGGAUGCCCCUGAAGAUAAUGUGUAGAGUUACCAUACCAGACAAUGUGAUAGAAGAACCGAACUCUCUUCUUGUUUUAACUUUGAGAAAGAAAAGAGAUCAGAUAAGUCGUCUGCCAGAUAAUGAGAUGAUAUGUGCAGCAGGUUUUGCAGAUUCCUAACAUGUGGCCCUCCACUUCCUCAUCCAUAUAAAAUACCUUCUUUGAAAAUUGCAGCAAAAUCCCAUGAGAUUCUAAUCCUCUUGAUAAAUGAUAACCCACUACAUCCAAAACAAGAUUACUAUAAUACCCUAAGCUGCUACUGUUAGUUUUUCUACUUUUUCGUAUCCAAAAUCCAAC